UUAGCAGGUAAAAGGGUCAAGGGUCAAGGCAAGGGGGCUGGAAACAGACAGGACUGGGCAGCCAGAAGAGAAUAGUUAAGGCACCAGUCCCCUCACUCACAGAGCACCAGCUCCCUCCUACCUGAGAUGUUCCACCAAAUCUGGGCAGCUCUGCUCUACCUCUAUGGCAUUCUCCUUACUUCCAUCUAUCAGUGCCCUGAGCACAGUCAACUGACGACCCUGCGAGUGAACGAGAAAGAGUUUACAGAGCCCCACCUGGGCCAGUGGUACUUUAUCGCAGGAGCAGCCCCCACCAAGGAGGAGUUGGCAACUUUUGCCUCUGUGGACAACAUUGUCUUCAACAUGGCUGCUGACUCUGUCCCCCGGCAGCUCCAGCUUCAUGCUGCCAUCCGCACGAAAAAUGGUCUCUGUGUGCCCCGGAGAUGGACUUACCACUUGACUGAAGGGAGCACAGAUCUCAGAACUGAAGGCCGCCCUGACAUGAAAACAGAGCUCUUCUCCAGCUCCUGCCCAGAUGGAAUCGUGCUGAAAGAGACAGGCCAGGGUUACCAACGCUUUCUCUUCUACAAUCGCUUGCCACACCCUCCUGAGAAGUGUGUGGAGGAAUUCCAGUCCCUAACCUCCUGCUUGGACUUCAAAGCCUUCUUAGUAACUCCCAGGAAUCAAGAGGCCUGUGGGCUGUCCAGCAUCUGACCUGGAACAUCGUCUGUGCCCUCAGAUACAGUAGGACCUGAAUUGUUGGGGGAGAGACACUGGGGACUCUCAAUUUCCUUUCAAGGAUAAUAAAGAUGACUUUUCAAUCCUCA